UGGAAGGGCCGGGGGUGUGGAGGGAGAGUCUGGUCGGGGGCGUGGCCUAAGUGGACAGAGAACGGGGCUGGAGGCGUGGCCGAUGCGGGUUGGGGGCGUGGCCUGGGGAGCCAGGCGGCAGCGGCGCGGGCGGGAUUCAGCGGCGCGCUUUCUCUAGGGCCGCCCCUCCCGCCGCCAGCCCAGAGGCAGCGCACCCGAGCAGAGGCUCCGGCGAGAGUCCGGCGUGCUCCGAGCUCCGCGGGAUCGGGACCGGCCCUGUAUCGCAGAGACGUCUUGGAUCCACUGGCUUUGGAGGCUCCGCCGAGUGGGAGCCGCGCGAGGGUUGCCGUUUGGCAAGAGGGGAAGGAAGAUGAUGAAGUAGUGAUCCUCAUCUCAGAACCCACAGGGCAGAUCUGAUGGCAUCGGCUGCUUUCAUGUGGAGGACAGAGCAAGGAGAAUCGGUGCUGGGAAGACUGUCUCUCACUGAUGUGUCUCAUGUAUGGCGUUAUGACUACAAUGCCCCUUGCUUCUCGCACAGUGUGAUGCAGGCAGUGGCCACAACUGAGGAGCCUGAUGUGCACCGUAGGUGUGAAAGCCAGGCUGGCAGCAGCCUCGGAGAUGAAGAUACGCGUCUGGGGCCUGUGGACACGGAUGUGCAUGUGGGUUUGAACCCAGCUGCCUUGUGGCCACGGGCUCCCAGCCCUGAGAACAUGACAACAGCCCAGAACGGCCAUGGGCGACUUGCCGCUAUCCCAUGUUCUGUCUCUGAUCCCAAAGAUCCCAAAAUGGUGACUUACCCAGCAUGUCAGAAUGGAGGCUGCAGCAGCAGCUACUGCGGGGAGGUGGAAGCCCAGGAGGCCAGACUCAGCCCUGCCAAGCUCAUGCGCCUCUUCUCCGUGAGUAGGAAGAGGACCAGCACCAACCCGGAGAGGCCCCGCUCCAUGGUCCUGAUGGGAAAUUCCUCCACCUGGAAUGCCCUUGCCUCCUUUCGGAAAAUGGGAUCUUUCAAAAAACUGAAGUCCUCCGUCCUUCAAGGAAUUCAGAACCGAGAAGGGUCAGAUGCGGCAAAGGAAGACCCCCCGGAACGUGAUCCAGGGAAACCCAUCCCAAACGGUGCUGCAGUCGGAAUGCAAACCAGCAGGUGCCCCUCCUCGGGACCAGCAAGUGACGCCCCGAAGGCAGGGCCAGGGGGCGCGUCGGACUGCUCCGACCCCGAGGAGGCCGACGACGCCUUCCAGAGGAGCACCCAUCGGUCCCGCAGCAUCCGCCGCGCCUAUGGCCUGGGCCGCAUCAGCCUCCUGGAUUACGAGAAGCAUCAAGGGUCCCAGAACCACGUCCGGCCGCUGGCCCCUGUCACCCAGGAGCCCACCGUGUGUGAGAUCCUAGUGAAGGACUCCGAGAACAAUAGCAUCAUCUACAGGAAAAGCAAGAGCACGGAUAACUUGAACUUUCUGAAGAAGAGCUCCUUCAAACGGAAGUCCACUUCAAAUCUCACGGACCUCAAGGGGGCGCCUGAAAAGCCAGCGCCCCGACGGACGCUAAGCAGUUCAUCUGCCGACUCGGAAAAGUUCGGUGGGUCCGAGAGGAGGACGAAACGCUGGAAGAGCCCACUGCGAGCCAAGGACUUUGACAGAGUCCUGAGGUUUGUGAGCAGCGCCACCGACGCGGCCUGGAGGAGAGAGAGCCCCAGGAGCGGGGCGCCCUCGCCCGGCGAGGCGAGCCAGAGGCUGCAGGUGCACAGCCGGCUGCACGACGCCUACUCCCGCCGCGUGUCCACCAGCGCUGAGCGCGAGUGGAGGAGGUGCGCAGGUGCGCACGCCGGCUCGGGGUGCGGCCCGGCUGGGGCUCCGAGCCCCCAGGUGGACGUGGACACGGCCGUCUUUCCAAUGGAAGCCACAGGCUGCGGGGCGGCCGGAAGUGCCUGUCCUUGCGCUGGCAGCGCCUCAGCGAGUCCGGUUGCCCAGGACUCCGACGAACGCCAAGCUGGCAGCCAGUUUACUUUCGAACCUGAGCAGCCGCUCACCCCCGCAAGGCCUACCACACCCAAGCCCCCUAGCCCUCAGAGCCCAGGCGCGGGAAAUGCCACGUGUCCCAGCAGCCUCAGUGCGCUGUCCCUCAGUUCAGUGGACAGUGAAGAAAGGGCAGAGGGGCCUGUGACCUCCCAGGAUUCUGUGCAAGCCGCGUGUGACAAAGGCAGUGAGGACGGCGCCAGCAGCCACCCUCAGCUGAGCCCCCGCCUGGCGUCGGGUCCAGAGGAAAGGAGGGAGGAGGUUGUGACAGAGGAAUCCUGGAGGCGGGACUCAUCCCGGGAUGAAGAAAGGACGGAGUCUCAGAGGAUCACCAGGAGGAAAUGGGGUUCUGGGAGGAGAUCAAGGCCCCGACCGCUCUCUGACUAUGGCCAGCUGGCCACCCGGAGUCUGUCUAUUCCCGAAGACUCAGUUGCUGUGGACCCCCAGAAAGAGGACACCGUGGAGGGAGAUCGCCAGCCAAACACGGCCUCUGCAGACACUGCAGACCAGAACCCUGCCAUGGGCUCCCCCAAAGGAAGCUGGAGAAGACGCCCCAUCUCCGUGAUAGGCGGGCUCAGCUUCUAUGGGAACAGCCCGACAGAGGAAAUAGAGAGUCUUCUAACCCGACCGGCAGCCAGGCCUCCUGUACCCGCUCACCAGGUGCUGCCCUACAAGGCGGUUUCGGCCCGGUUCCGGCCCUUCACCUUCUCCCAGAGCACCCCCAUUGGGCUGGACCGAGUGGGACGCCGGCGGCAGAUGCGAGCAUCCAAUGUUUCUUCAGAUGGAGGUGCAGAGUCUGCGGCCUUAGUGGAUGACAACGGCAGUGAGGAGGACUAUAGCUAUGAAGACCUGUGCCAGGCCAACCCCAGAUACCUACAGCCGGGUGGGGAGCAGCUGGCCAUCAACGAGCUGAUCGGUGAUGGCAGUGUGGUCUGUGCAGAAGCCCUGUGGGACCACGUGACCAUGGAUGACCAGGAACUGGGCUUCAAGGCAGGAGAUGUCAUCCAGGUUCUGGAAGCCUCUAACAAGGACUGGUGGUGGGGCCGGAAUGAGGACAAGGAAGCCUGGUUCCCCGCAAGCUUUGUCAGAUUGCGUGUCAAUCAGGAAGAACUGUCGGAGAAUUCCAGCAGCACCCAGGGUGAGGAGCAGGAGGAGGAUGCCGGCAAGAACCGCCACAAACACUCGGAGAGCAAGCACCAGAUGAGGACCAAUGUCAUCCAGGAGAUCAUGAACACUGAGCGGGUGUACAUCAAGCACCUCAAGGACAUCUGUGAGGGCUAUAUUCGACAGUGUCGCAAGCACACGGGAAUGUUCACUGUUGCACAACUAGCCACCAUUUUUGGAAACAUUGAAGAUAUUUACAAAUUCCAAAGAAAGUUCCUGAAAGACCUUGAGAAACAAUACAAUAAAGAGGAACCUCAUUUAAGUGAAAUAGGAUCCUGCUUUCUUCAACAUCAAGAGGGCUUUGCCAUCUAUUCCGAGUACUGUAACAACCAUCCGGGCGCCUGCGCCGAGCUGUCCAACCUGAUGAAGCAGGGCAGGUACAGACACUUCUUUGAAGCUUGCCGCCUGCUCCAGCAGAUGAUCGACAUCGCCAUCGACGGCUUCCUGCUCACCCCAGUGCAGAAGAUCUGCAAGUACCCCCUGCAGCUGGCCGAGCUGCUCAAGUACACCACGCAGGAGCACAGUGACUACAGCAACAUAAAGGCAGCCUAUGAAGCCAUGAAGAACGUAGCCUGUCUGAUCAAUGAGCGCAAGCGCAGGCUGGAAAGCAUAGACAAGAUAGCACGGUGGCAGGUGUCCAUCGUCGGCUGGGAGGGGCUGGAUAUCCUAGACCGAAGUUCCGAACUGAUCCAUUCUGGGGAGCUGACCAAAAUCACCAAGCAUGGCAAGAGCCAGCAGCGGACGUUCUUCCUGUUUGACCACCAGCUGGUGUCCUGCAAGAAGGACCUGCUGCGUAGGGACGUGCUCUACUACAGAGGCCGCACGGACAUGGAUGAGGUGCAGCUCGUGGACCUGGAGGACGGACGGGACAAGGACUGGAACCUCAACGUGAAGAACGCUUUCAAGCUUGUCAGCAAAACCACUGACGAAGUUCAUCUGUUUUGUGCCAAAAAGCAAGAGGACAAGGCGCGGUGGCUGCAGGCCUGCGGGGAUGAGAGGCGGCGCGUGCAGGAGGACCGCGAGAUGGGAAUGGAAAUUUCAGAAAAUCAAAAGAAACUCGCCAUGUUAAAUGCUCAAAAGGCAGGACAUGGAAAGUCAAAAGGCUACAGCGGAUGCCCCAUGGCCCCGCCGCACCAGAGCCUGCACCCCCUUCACCAGCGCCACGUCACCGUGCCCACCAGCGUCCCCCAGCAGCAGGUGUUUGCCCUGGCCGAGCCCAAGAGGAAGCCGUCGCUCUUCUGGCACACGUUCAACAAACUCACCCCUUUCAAGAAAUGAAAACGGGAGGCCAUGCGUUGGCUGAGGUGUCUGUAAAGAGGAGAACCAUUUCUGUGUGUUCAGCCCAGUGCUGAAAACUUCCUUUGGGGAUGGGUGAAGAAUAGAAGGUCUUGGACGUGACCGAGGUGCCUCUGAAGACCCAGCUCCUUGGAAGGGAGAUGGAGGUCAUGACGCAUGGCCCUGACGUCCACGAGACCCCUCUGGGACCUGUGCCAAGGUGGCUGGGCCGCGGGAGCCUGUGACCUGCUCUGCAGUGAAGCUGAGCUGUGACCCCAGUGGGCAUCGCUGAUGACGGGCGCGCUCCCUGCUGCCGUUCCUGAGGAGGGCCUCGAUUACAGUGCCACUUUGGCAUGUGGAUUCCCAGGGGACAGUCGUGAUGGGGUUGGUACGGUAGUGUCUCGCCAGCACGGGCAAGCUGUAGCUGUCUUCCACAGUAUUAGGCAACGUAGCGCCGCAGAGCAGAUGGCCGUGGCGUCCCCUGGUGUCCCCUGAAUUGUUACCAAGUGGUAGUGCCAGCUUCCUCUGGCGAGGUGCGUCCCCGACAGGCUAGAGGGAGAGGCGCGAUGAAUCCCUCCCGUGGAACACGGUCCGGGCGCCUUCAGCAUCCUGAGGAGGCAGCUGCUUUCCAGGGAGAAAGUGCAAAACCCUACCAUGGGGUGGACUGUCCUUCUCGAGUCAGGUCCCCUCCCGCGGUGUGUGUGCAGCAUUGACUCUCCAGACAGAAAUCACACCUGCUUGCACGUCAUGACCUAAGGAACUAAUCAGACCUAUCCGUUUGCAAUAUAAAAACCCAUUUACUUAAUUUUCUGGUAAGCGAGAUACGCACACGCGCCUGUGGAAAGGCAUGUUCAGAGCGUCAGUGCGUUCUCCCCACCCGUUGUUUCUGGCGUCCCCACCAGUUAAGUUACAGUGACUUGAACAUUCCACCCAGAAAACAUGCGGUUCCCAGCAGCCCACCUUCCUCAGGAUUCGAAGCCGACUUUGUUGCAUAAACCCCAAAUGGUAGUGCUAACCCCGCCCUUAUUAACCUGUCAGGAGGGUUCUGAAGGUUCUUUCUCUAUUAAGAGACCUUAACAACAGUACAUCUAGACUCAGACAUGGCUGUCUUUUUAAUGAAGGCCACGUGGGCUGAUACGUGGUGACAGUAAUCUCCUUCUCUUUGUCUAUAUUGUAAAUGUUGAUGAAAAUAACUUUUAAAUAUGUCUGGAGAAGACAGGUUCUGCAAGGGAGAGGCCAUUUAAAUGUACUUAGUGCACUGGACGGGGGUAUCGUAGUCCACACUUUGGUUUUCUGUGUGAGAAUCCCCUUUUCAUACACUACUCUCAGAAAGUCCCAUUUUCCAGUAGGCCUGUGCUGGAGCGUAAACAAACCCGUAACAUCCUAGACAAAGAUAGAACGUGUGCCUCCAAACGUCUGGUCCUUCCUUCCCUCCCCACCUUCCGCCCUGCCCAGGACCGGUCCCGAAGGAGGUGACAUCACGCAUCAAGAAGACCUAAUCCUGGACGUCGGAGUGGGCCUUAGAGCACUAACUGGAAAUGUUUUCUGGUCAGCCUCAGUGAUUGCUCCCUUGUACGUAGGAUGGCUGCAAGGUUGUGCUGCCCUGAGGUCACUGACCCCGGGGCGGCUUCUCUGGACCGUGAUACCCAGUGUCCCAGAAUAGAGGUUGCUUCUGUGAGGAAGCUUCCCAGGAGGUACUGUGGCUCCGAGCGUAUGAGCGCGCACACGCGUGUGUGUGUGUGCACGCACGUGUUGUUUCUUUUUGGCUAGACCUCUCGAUUUUAGUUGCAUUUAUAUAACUGACCUUUUUAUUAAGAAGAUGUAAUGAUCUAUUUUGAAAACUACACUUAAAAUGCUUUUUGUGGACCCCUCAGCAAUAAUAACUCUAGGAGUCUCUGUGCUGAACAGAGUUGUUUGUAUAUACAACAAUUUUGAAUAGUUUUUAUUUUUUUUUAAUAGUAAGAAAAUUAGGGAAGAAAAGAGAACCAUUUGCUUAUGUUACAUUUUCAGUGAGGGUUCAAUUCAAGUAAAGAACUUAAUGGGCUCCCAUUUACUAAUGUUUCCUAAUGCGCAGUGAAGUGCUUUCAGUUCUGUGACAAGUCCCGCUGUAUUUCCCACCUGAGCCCGAACUUCCGGUUGCCCCCUGUCCCUCUGGGGACUCUCCAGCAGAAGCAGAAAGCUGGGGCCCGGCGCCGCCCCCGUGAGCUCGGUGCAGUGUGAAGAGUCAGUUGAUACAGUACUCACCCUGAAUGGGUCCUGCUUGGCCUUUACUGGUGAUUUUGAAAAAUGAGAAAUUGUUUAAAAUCUAUGUAGCUUGAGUUUUAUUACCAAAUGCAUGAGUUCAGUAAAGAAUAGUGGCUCAAGUAUUCGAAUUUUAGGUUUGCCCCACUUUCCUUCUUGAUGUAAGUCCUGUGUUCCACUUGGUAAGAAGACGAGAGAAACCAAGAGCUCCCAAAUGGAUUUUGUACGGAUUUCAUUGGGAAUCUUGCUUUCUCCCUUCUUUUUCCUCACUCUAACCCCAUAUUGCAUAAUAUGGAUGUCCCCACAACACACACACACACACACACACUCUCUCUCUCUCUCUCUCUCUCUCUCUGUCUCACAAAGAUAGCAAAACACUUUGACACAUCUCACCUAAUUUAUUAUUUAUGUUUCAGAAUCUGUUGGAAGACAGUUGAAAUGGCCUUGGGUCAAAAGCAACCUUCUUGAUUUUCAUCAUACCUAAAAUGCACAACCACCUUGCAGUAAAUCGUAAACAGUCAUAAAAUGGAAUUUUUGUAAAAUCUUAGAGAAAUAGCAUUCUUCGUCUUUGGCCUACAAGUAAGCAAAAGACUGGCAGCAAUGUGCCAGAGCUUUCCUGGGGUCCCUUCUUCCUAGUUUUAUUUUCAGUAGAUCUCCUCUUUUCCCCGGUAGAUCUGAUUUUGUCGUUGAAAACAAUUCACCCCCGUCUCCAUGCCAUUUCUGAAUAUUGUUGUGCCUUUUUAUACCUAAUCCAGAUGAAGACCAACUCCAUGCCUGUUCAGAAAAUCCCCUCAAUCCUACACUGCUGUUGUCUAGACACAAAGCAGAAGUGCAUUUAAUUCGAACUUUGUUUCACAAUAGAAAUCUUUUCUAAAAUCCAUGGUCCAGCAUUUAUCUGCUGGAAAACUCUCCAUGCCCAAAUGGCUGAUAUUUCUCAGUACACAUCAACUUAGUUAUGUAGCCAGAAUAGAACAGCCUGAUCUACUUGGAGUUAAGGAGAAAAUUGAUGUCUUGUUAUUUUAUGGAAGAGGGGAGAUAUAGAUGUGUCCCUCACAGGACAGCACUAACAAGUAUGGAUACAUGUCCUUCUGAUGGCUGACAGGCCAGGGACUCUAGGCACAAAUCAGCUGGGUCAAACUGCUCAAAAACAUUGGUCCCUAUAAGCUUAACGUACACAUGUUCUCAUUAAAAUUCCACUUGGCUAAUGCUGUUAUUCUCAGGAUGCAUGCAGUGAAAGUAGAGAUCAAACAGUUUUGAGAAGAAGAAGUAGCAACUAUCUGAUCUUAAAAGGAAAAACCCAGAAACUUACAUAUUUGAUGCAAAUGUUUUUAGUUACAACACACUUGGCGUUAUUGUCCUUAGUUAUCUCCUAGGCAUCGACAUUUGUAUUUAGAAAAUACUUUAACGGAUUCUGUAAUUUAGUAAUUGGUCUUUUUUGUAAAUAUUAGCAUCGGUUGUGUUUGACUUACCUCUUUUACAGGCUUUUAGUAACCUUUUCCUUGAAUUUAACGCAACAUCAAGACAAUGUUAAGUCACGUGACAGCUUCCAAACUGAUGAAUUCGCUGUUGACAGCUGAAAUAUGUUGUACAAGACUGCUAUAACUUGACCUGUAUUUCUGUUGAAUGAAGUUUUUGUAAAAAAAAAAAAAAUAUUAUUUACAAUGUUAUUUGAAUGAUUUCUUGUAAAUGCUGUGAAUCUAUAUUUGUUGUUUUGUAUCUGUAUAUUAAAGUUAAUUUGCCAAACUGG